AUGCACCGAGUUAACAAGCCGAGUGUUAGACAAGGUGCAACCGAGAGUUUCCCUGUUCCAACUGCAUCACUUCAAAGAUACCCUGCCGUCCAGCAGGGAGGUCCGUCGCACAAUCCCAGCGGCAGAGCGUGGACAGAACCGACAGCCGUCGAGGAAGCUCUCCGAAACCAGGGCGAGCAGCAGACCAACAGGACGACGACAACGCCAUCUUCCACGCCAAAUACCUUGCCUGCACUCGAGGAUGAUUCGACAUUGCAUCAGUUCGUAUGGGAUGACCUACCAGUCUCCUACGAAGGGGGUUCGUCGUUUAGCCAACAAACCCUACUCGCAAAUCAGAUAGAGGAGCUCAAAAUCGAAGACGCCCAGACGCCUGGCGUCGUCGAAGAGCUAGCCACUUUGCGGGGAAUAUAUCAGAAACACGACGAAUGGUCAGACCAAAGGCCGAAGAGGAAGACUCGCCGGCCGAACGCCUGCCCCCAAUCUUUAUUGCAACUACCACCGUCCGACUUUGUGAUCCGCCUUCUUCGAACUGUGACAGAGCACUCAGUCCUGUUCCUAUUUUACGCUGUCGAAAACCGCAAGCAAGUUGAAGAUCUUUGCCGGAGAGUUUACUUCUCGGUCGAGCCAGUGACGGUUGGGGAGAUCACUCUCCUUCACGGGUACCUCUCAGUCCUCUUCAAAGACAUCGACUUCGAGGCGCGCCCCGAGUUCAACCGCGAGGAAACGGAUCGAUACUACAAGCUAUGCGACUCCAACUUCAAGGCGGGCGUCGAGACGUACGAGGUGAUGGCGGUGCCAUCGUUCGAGCACACGCUCAUAUUGUUUAUCGCGGCUUUGAGAGCCCAGCAGGAUGAGGACUCGCCGCUGCAGUGGAGCGUCGUGUCGGCGGCCGCCAGACAUGUGCUCGCGUUGGGGUACAACCGGAAAGCGAGGCUCGACACGAUGCCGCCGCACGAAUCCCCCAGGGCCCGCCGCCUCUUUUGGCACAUCUACUUCGUCGACCGCGGCUUCACGCUGUCCCAAGGAAAGGCCCCCAUUAUCCAAGACAUGGAUGUCGAUGUCGAUCCGCUCGAGAUCUCCCAGCGGCCACAUAGACGGCCGUGGGAUAUGGUGUUCAGCGCCUUCAUCGAGCUCAGCAGGAUACAGUUGAGGAUCUACGAGAAGCUGUAUUCGCCCUCUGCCUCGAGGGCCAGCGAUGAAGAAAGACGGGCCGUGGUCGGCUGCCUCUCCAGCAUGUUGUCGCAGUGGUACGUCGUGUGGCGGAACAUCGAUUAUACCCACGCAUGCCGCCAAGACUUGUUCGAAUUCAGCCUCGCCGCCAUCGACGUCGUCUACUACUCCAUCCUUACCUUGACACAUCGCGGAGCAAGCUCGUCCAACUCGGCGAGUGAUAUAACGCCACAGUGCUUCGAGACGGCCCGGAAAGAAUUGAUUGCUCAUACCACUGCCUAUCCUCGAUUCUCUUCUGGUGGCUAUGCGUCAUCUUUUAGUUACUCAAUCUGGACACAUCUCUUCUCAUCCUUCACCCCCUACAUCAUCACGUUUAUCCACUGCGUCGGCCACGUAAACACAGAGGACUUGGGCCUCCUGCGCACUGCCCUCGAGAUUAGCGAACGGCUCAGUGGACUGGCGGAAUCGUGCAAAAGACAGCACGAGUUGUACCGGGCGCUCUACCGCAUCGCCGAGGCCUACCUCAAGGCCAAAAAGGCUCUUCCGUACGGGGACCUGACGCUGGAGACAGCGACCCAUCUGCCACUGCAACAGCCCAGCACCGACAACUGGUCCUGUUUUGACUCCAACAUCGAACCGAAUUCAUUCUCUGAGCUCCAUGUGGAAGACUGGAACGGUAGCUAUAUGGGGCAGAUGCCAUUUACGUUGGAUACACAGGCGGGAAAGGGGGGCCAUUAA